AUGAUGGGAAGAAGAAAACGAUUUCUGGAUGCCAUGCCUCUGGUCAAUCUUGCUAAGGGUUUUAUUGAUGCUAUUAAGAAGCCAGAAAAUGUGUUUGGAAAAGCAAGCAAUAUGAACAUGCUGACUUGGAAUCGUAGAUUAUCACAAUUAGCUAUGACUGAGAAGGCGAAUAUUGAAAAGAAUGACAUAAAAAGAAUAGAAUAUAAAGGGAAAAUAUAUAGAAUUAACAAGUAUGGAACACUUGCCACUUACUUCAUCAGCCAUGCAUUGGGCGGAUUCAUUGCGGACAUGUUUCAAGCUAUAAGAGUUGGAUAUCUGGCAUGCAAGUUGUGGUUUUCAAAAGUCAAGAUUCCUUCUCCCCAUGAGAAUACAACUAUUGGUGACACGCACGAGAUGCUUUUUGCUGAUCGUACGGAAGUCGGAUGUUUUUUCACUUGGCCAGACACGAUUUGCAUCAUUGGACCUUUAAAUGCCACUAUUGGAUAUUUAUACGAAAAAGGAGACACUUGCUCUGCCUGUAAAUACGGAUGUACUAAUAAUUUAUGCAAUCCAUCUCCUGAUUAUUUCUAUGCAAUGCGUGAGAAAUACCAGAAACAUCUCAACCCGAAAAUCGAAAAGUUUGAAGUAGUGGAAGGUUUCGAUGGACAACCACCUGUCUUGGGAAAGAAUUUCAUGAUUGAUUCUGCCAACUACUCGAAUAUUCUUAUGAUCUCAAUCCUCAUGGUUUCCUUGUUUCUUCUUCUCCGUAAUAAGUUUUAA